ACCCACCCAAAUUCAUCAACAUUUCAACCCAAAGACGCAACCUCUUAUCUUCAAUAUUCGUCUAAACUCUUCUCAAUCCAAUACGAUACCCUCAAAUUUUCAACAACCAAUUCUCAAGUUUCGAUUUGAUCGCACACUUCAAUCGGUUCAUCAAACUGGUUUUGUUUCUUGAUUUUGCAGUUCUUGAAACAAAAAUGGCUAAAGGGUUCAGGCAAGAACAUGAAUUCUCAAAGAGGCAUGCAGAGGCAUCAAGGAUUAGGGAGAAAUACCCUGAUAGAAUUCCGGUGAUUGUGGAAAGGGCCGAGAAAAGUGACAUCCCUAACAUCGACAAAAAGAAGUAUCUCGUCCCAGCGGAUCUUACUGUAGGGCAAUUUGUCUAUGUGAUCCGUAAAAGAAUUAAGCUGAGCGCUGAGAAAGCUAUAUUUAUUUUUGUGGAGAAUGUCCUUCCACCCACAGGAGCGAUAAUGUCUACGAUAUACGAUGAUAAGAAGGAUGACGAUGGAUUUCUAUACGUUACCUACAGUGGCGAGAACACGUUCGGGUCCAUUCUGUCGUGAUCUCUCUCUCUUCAUUUUACGCUAAAUAAACUUGUUGCUUGAUCGUAAUUCGUAUAACUUGUACAGUUGUUUCAUACAUAUUUUCUACCAAAAGUGUCGAAUUCUAUCCAUUGAUCAAUAACAUAGUCGAUCAUUUAUAGUUUAUGUCGUAUGCUUUUUAUUCUUACCUUUUAAGAACACGUUAAAUACAACGUUCGUAAGUAUCUCGACAUGUAUGUACAAAAGACAAAAAUCAUCAUUUAGUAAUUUAACUCUUGUCGUCUC